UAGAACGGAGAAAACCCUACCCUAGUUCUUUCUGCUCUGUGGAGCGUCGCGAAAUGGGGGCGUACAAGUACGUUUCGGAGCUAUGGAGGAAGAAGCAGUCCGAUGUCAUGAGGUUUCUGCAGCGGGUGAGGUGUUGGGAGUACCGACAGCAGCCCUCCAUUGUCCGUGUGACGAGACCGACUCGUCCUGACAAGGCUCGUCGCUUGGGCUACAAGGCGAAGCAGGGAUUUGUGGUGUACCGUAUUCGGGUCAAACGUGGUGGAAGGAAGAGGCCGGUGCCAAAGGGUAUUGUGUAUGGAAAGCCCACGAACCAGGGAGUCACCCAACUUAAGUUCCAGCGAAGCAAGAGGUCAGUCGCUGAGGAGCGUGCUGGCCGCAAGUUGGGCGGUCUCAGAGUCCUCAACUCCUACUGGAUCAACGAGGAUUCGACGUACAAGUAUUAUGAGGUAAUAUUGGUAGAUGUGGCUCACAAGGCGGUGAGGAAUGACCCGAGGAUGAACUGGAUAUGCAACCCCGUUCACAAACACCGUGAGCUUCGUGGUCUUACCUCAGAGGGAAAGAAGAACAGAGGUCUCCGUGGAAAGGGCCAUCUCUACCAUAAGAACCGUCCUUCUCGCAGGGCUACCUGGAAGAGAAACAACUCCCUCUCCCUCCGUCGUUACCGUUGAUUCUCUCUUCUUGUUCUCUCCUCUAAGGUUCGUUGCCCUUUUUUUUCAUCGUCUUUUGUCUUUCUUGAAUUGGAAAUUUUGAAGAUUGUGACGGUUUUUUUACAUUCUCGCGACCGGAGAUGUCUCGGACAGUUGCUAGAUUUAUAUUGUAUUCUCAUCUCCCGCUUCAUAUGUUUUAUUUUGGAGUUUAUAUUUUUGGAUCCGUGUUGUCUUUUAUGAAAUGAUUCGGACCAUUGCAGCGAA